AUUCAAUGGGACGCUCAGUCUAUAUGUAUGUACUAUGUCUAUGGUAUGGAGCGUAGAGGCGACGCAACAGCCAAACGAACACUUUUCCAGAAACGCAGCGGCCGUAAUUGUCGCGUCGUUUGUUAUUGUCGGAUAUUUGGACAUUCCCUGUACGAGAGAUACGGCGGAUUUAUCCUCGAACGUGCAGCUCGGCUAGACGAAUCUGUAUCCGUUAGCGAGACGGAUAUUUGUUACAGAGAGUUAGGUUAGAUUGGGCUGCAAAGGAGCGCAGGUCGACCAAGUACCUCAAAAUGUAUCUUAUGUAUUAUUUGGACAAGCAGGGGAACCGCGUGUACACUCUGCAGAAAGUGGACCCUGAUGGAAAGCCGACCUUGUCUGCACAUCCAGCACGAUUUUCCAUAGAGGACAAAUAUUCAAGGGAAAGGAUUACUAUGAAGAGAAGAUACGGCCUACUUUUGACGCAACAAACACAACCUAGCUAUUAAUUGUUGUAUAUAAAGCUAAUAAAUUUUACUUGAAAAUGUAA